AUGUGGGGCUUCCAGGGGAAGGCCGAGACCUUGUCGUACUGGUCCGUGGACUCACCGGAGGCAGGCGGAGUGGGGAUCUUAAUAUUCCCGGAGUAUCAUCAUAGUGUCUCCCCCUGGAAGGAUCACCUUUGGACGGCAAGGCGCAUUGGGGUCACAUUAGGACAGUUGCGAGUUCUCAAUGUCUACGCGCCCGCAUCUAAUAAACCGAGACGAGAAGUUUUCUUCACCCAGCUUCAGGACUGGGACCUCACCUCAACAGAGAAUCUUGUACUUGCAGGAGACUUCAACUGUGUUGAAGUACCAGUACUGGACAGGCUCGGUGGACUACGACAAUUGAAGACGGAAAGUGAAGUACUCACCAGGAACACGAGAACAUGGGAUAUCCUGGACGCUAGGGCCCUCAUGGGAUCAGCCCUCUCAGAGUUGGAACUAAGUCCAAUGGAACACUUCACAUACUGGCAAGGGAACUAUGCGAGUAGGAUUGACCGCUUCUACGUCGCUUCCAGCUGCGCCUCAUGGGUCCAAUGGGUAAGUGUCCACCUGCCUCGGAUGCCAUCAGAUCACGAGGAGGUUCAACUGCACCUACGAGAGCCUAGCGCGAAACCUACACGGCCACACCAGUUAAAGGUACAAUACCCUAUCGUAGGGGGGAACCCCGAGCGUUUGGUACAAGAAGUGCUGCAGGAAUUAUACGGGCAGGCUGGCAGUGCGGAACCUGAUUGGGAUGAAUGGGUUGAGCAUUGCAAGUCUGUUAUAGUGAAAAUCUCCAGAAGGGAUAAACAGAGACGUCAAGGGAUUUCUCAAAGACUGACCAGACAACUGCAAGAGAACGCUACUACCCGGCAACAGCUCCUGACGGCCUUUAUUCUCAAAGACUGA